AUGCCCACAGUAAUACAUGUCGCUAUCGUUGGAGCAACCGGAACAAUAGGCUCAAACAUUGUUCCAUGUCUGCUUCGCUCCAAAGACCACCUUUUUGAGAUUACAGCUCUGGUCCGCCCAGGCAGUUCGAAAUCAUCAAGCGUAGCUAAGCUGCAAGGUGUUCAUCAUAUUGUUGCGGUUGACCUCGGCGGGCCCCAGGACGAUCUCGUCUCCGCUUUGAAGGGUAUUGAUUGUGUAAUGUGCAUUCUACCGCCGCACUGCACUACGCAGCAGAUUUCCUUAGCAGACGCUGCCUUGACAGCCAAGAAAGAAGAUGUUGUGAACCAUCUGAAAAAGAUACGAAUGCCAUACACGAUAAUUGAUAUUGGAUAUUGGCAUGAGAUCAUGAUUCCUCGCAUCGAAUCAGAAAGGCUCAAUCAUCGCGCGCUAUACUCGACAUUUUACUUCGUGGACGAUGGCUCAGCGCUUUGCGCAACUACUUACCUUCCUGACGUGGGACGAUAUGUUGAGCGCAUUAUAGCAGAUCCAAGAACACUGAAUCACAUGGUCUUUGCGUACGGGGAAAUCACGACCCAAAAAACAGCGGUAGAUAUGGUUGAACGCCCCAGUGGGGAGAAAUGCCAGGUCCAAGUGGUGAAUUCCGAGCAAGUCACAGCGGCUGUCAAAAGUGGCGAACUGGACCUGUGGUGUCAAGUCAUACUCGAGUAUGUCCAUAGUGCUUGGUCGAGAGGAGAUAAUGAUCCUCAGUGGGCGGGAUUUCUGGGGUACUUGGACGCGAAAUUGCUGUAUCCGGACUUGGAGGCUCAUACACUGGAGCAUUCCAUUAGCGAUGCUCUGGCGCAUCCUGAGCCGAAUUCGGGCUAUGGUUGUGAGGAAAUGUGUGCACAGAUCUCCAAGGCUCUGGACAACUGGGCCCCGUGA